CAGUCAGAACGCAGCCAUUCACAGUUUCAGGUCCUCCGGUGACGGAGUGAUUGCCGGUGCGUGCCUUCAUCGCCCUUUAGACACAUCUGAAGCUUUAGGUCGAAUCGUUGGAUUUCAGCAGCGAGUUUGAAUCACGGUUGUGCGUGUGAAACAAUGCUGAUGAACUUGGAAAGUAAUGUGCGAGGAUGCUGAAGCUGCCGGGAAGCCCGCUUUGUUCGGAGCAGCGCAGGGCUUCUGCGCCGCGGUCCUCCCGCAGAUCAUCCCCUGCUGCUUUGUCUUCAGCCGGCCCUCUCUCACCGAGCGUGAGCGGCAGUGUGGUUUGUCAGUGUUGGACUGCGACCACCAGCAGCAGGUCGGCACCAUGAGCCUCUACCGGGCCGGGGCCAGCGGCUGGGCCGUCGGGGGGGCUGUGGGCGGGGCGAGAGAAAGAGGAGGAGCAGAUCAUCACAGAGAGCAGCAGCGGCGGUCCAGUGACCGCUCACGGGACUCCUCCCACGAGAGAGGGGAGAGCCAGCUGACGCCCUGCAUCAGGAACCUCACCUCCCCCACUCGGCAGCACGACCGUGAACGUGGCGACGGAGGCUCGUCCUCCAGAUCUUCCAGUCCUCGCCCCCCCAGGAGUUCUGUUCCUUAUUCCCACAUUGGAGGGGCCCUGAUGGGGGGGGACAUACCUAGGGUCAUUAAGGCACUGGGCGCGGGGCCCUGCGAUAUGAUCUACGUGUAUGACCUCAGCAGUAAGGAGGGGCAUCGCAGUGUUCUGAGGCUGGCAGAGAGAGUCACUCUCAUCGUGGAUAACACCAGAUUUGUGGUGGAUCCUGCCAUCUUCACCGCUCAACCAAACACCAUGCUCGGCAGGAUGUUUGGUUCUGGGCGGGACAACAACUUCACACGACCCAAUGAGAAAGGAGAGUUUGAGGUGGCCGAUGGCAUCAGCUCCACCGUCUUCAGAGCCAUUUUG